GUGGAUUCCACGUUGGCCCGGACGUGGCAGUCGGCAGACCUCAGAGGAGCUGUACCCGGAUCAGUGUGAAACGACCACACGUCGCUGCUGCCUGGCUAAUAUCAGUUCUUCAUUAAUUCUAACAGCAUCAGCCAGCCAUGGGGCUCACUAUCUCUUCACUCUUCGACCGUUUCUUUGGCAAAAAACAAAUGAGGAUUUUGAUGGUUGGCCUUGAUGCUGCCGGAAAAACGACUAUCUUGUACAAAUUGAAGCUUGGGGAAAUUGUGACCACCAUUCCAACCAUUGGUUUCAAUGUGGAGACAGUAGAAUAUAAGAAUAUCAGCUUCACCGUGUGGGAUGUGGGCGGCCAGGACAAGAUCAGACCCCUCUGGAGACAUUACUUCCAAAACACACAGGGCCUCAUCUUCGUGGUAGACAGCAAUGACAGAGAAAGAGUGACAGAGUCUUCAGAGGAGCUUCAGAAGAUGUUGACGGAGGACGAGUUGAAAGACGCCGUUUUGCUGGUGUUUGCUAACAAACAGGACCUUCCCAAUGCCUUACCAGUCAGCGAACUUACAGAAAAACUCGGCCUACAAGCCCUCCGCAACAAAAAUUGGCACAUCCAGUCAACCUGCGCCACCCAGGGCAGCGGGCUGUACGAAGGACUCAACUGGCUGUCCGAGGCCUUGACCAAGAACUAAAGAAGGAUCAGCUGGAGAGAUGAGAGAGAAAUACUGAACCCAACAGGACGGGAGGGAAGGCACAGACAUUAAAUCCAGAAACAUUUGGCCUUCCAGCACCAAUGUUCACAAAAAGGACAAGGCUGGAGGACAACAUGUAAUCAUCUUUGGAACAUUUUUAAUUACUUUUUUUCCUUCUUUUAUUAUCAAUGAUAUUACCAUAUUAUCUUUUGACAUAGUUUCUAUUUUUCUCCUAUCGUUCCUAAGCUCUUUAAACGGCGAUAUGUUGUACUGACACAUUCAGUUGCAUGAUGAGCAAAUGGCCUGUUAGGGAAAUGUCAUGGAAACAAUGCAAAGAAUAAUGGGAGGUGUUUUCCACUCUAAACCCUGGCUCCUGUCUAGGCAGCAUUUGCAUUAAUUGACCACUUUUAUAAUUUUUGGACUUUCUUACAGCCAUUGUGGAGCCUAGGUUGGGGGUAUGAUAAUAUACCUAGAGCUUCGAGAAGGACAACUUGUCGGCUGCCUCAGGCUGUUCCUCUCUGCAUCCCCUCGUGGAUAUUUGACUCCCUUUGCGCUGCACUGCUAUGUCUCAUGCCAACUCAUUUCUUUGAGGGCCUUUAGCUCGCAGAAUGAGAAGGAUGACGAUUGCAGCAAUUAGUUGGUAGUGUGAAACCACGUGGCCUCCGAGUAAAUGCAUCCAAAAAGGAACUUUGUGCCUUCUGGUCCUUCGAAAUCACAAAAUCUGAGUAAUCCUUUCCUUAUCUCAUUCUGAGGUCAUGCUCCCUCACACGAUGCUUUAGUGACUUCUGCUUUUGAAAGACAAAUAAUGGGUUAAGACAUUUCCUUUUGUUCUGCAAUGUGUACUGAGGUUCAGUAAAACCCCCUUUCUGAGUGUAGAUAGCUUCUUUACAACUUGUCUCCACGAUGAACCAGGUUUUCUUCCUGUUUGAACAUUUGUGGAUCUGCACUCCUUUUCCUCCUUUUUCUGAUGGCUACCAUGAAGAAGGUUUUGAUUAAAUGUCAGUUCUUCAAUUUACUUUAACGGAAAAUCUCUUUUACCCUAAAACGAGGAAGGAAGCGUCUUUUCAGUUUUCACACGACAAUGUUGUGUGACACAGUAAAGUAGCAUGUUUUUUGUUGUUUGAGUUUGUUGUACUUUCUGAAGGUUAAUACUGUAUUAUAAUCUUAAUUUUUCUACCCCUCUUGAAAUACAAAUACACAGCUGGCCUUUAGUUUGUUUUUGUGUAUACAUUCCAACCUAUGCUUGCAGAUCCUGGAGCUGCCACUUAAAAUUAGCAAAAUAAUAUUUUACAAAAAAGCUCUGAAUAAAGACAAUGUUUAAAAAAGAG